AUGUGUCUACACCCCACCUUCUACAUGGGCCAGACCGCCCCACACAGUAUCCCCAUGUGUCUACACCCCACCUUCUACAUGGGCCAGUCCACCCACACAGUAUCCCCAUGUGUCUACACCCCACCUUCUACAUGGGCCAGUCCGCCCACACAGUAUCACCAUGUGUCUACACCCCACCUUCUACAUGGGCCAGUCCACCCACACAGUAUCCCCAUGUGUCUACACCCCACCUUCUACAUGGGCCAGUCCGCCCACACAGUAUCACCAUGUGUCUACACCCCACCUUCUACAUGGGCCAGUCCACCCACACAGUAUCCCCAUGUGUCUACACCCCACCUUCUACAUGGGCCAGUCCACCCACACAGUAUCACCAUGUGUCUACACCCCACCUUCUACAUGGGCCAGUCCACCCACACAGUAUCCCCAUGUGUCUACACCCCACCUUCUACAUGGGCCAGUCCGCCCACACAGUAUCACCAUGUGUCUACACCCCACCUUCUACAUGGGCCAGUCCGCCCACACAGUAUCCCCAUGUGUCUACACCCCACCUUCUACAUGGGCCAGACCGACCCACACAGUAUCCCCAUGUGUCUACACCCCACCGUCUACAUGGGCCAGUCCACCCACACAGUAUCACCAUGUGUCUACACCCCACCUUCUACAUGGGCCAGUCCACCCACACAGUAUCCCCAUGUGUCUACACCCCACCUUCUACAUGGGCCAGACCACCCACACAGUAUCCCCAUGUGUCUAUGCCCCACCUUCUACAUGGGCCAGACCACCCACACAGUAUCACCAUGUGUCUAUGCCCCACCUUCUACAUGGGCCAGUCCACCCACACAGUAUCACCAUGUGUCUAUGCCCCACCUUCUACAUGGGCCAGUCCACCCACACAGUAUCCCCAUGUGUCUACACCCCACCUUCUACAUGGGCCAGUCCACCCACACAGUAUCCCCAUGUGUCUACACCCCACCUUCUACAUGGGCCAGACCACCCACACAGUAUCACCAUGUGUCUACGCCCCACCUUCUACAUGGGCCAGACCACCCACACAGUAUCACCAUGUGUCUACACCCCACCGUCUACAUGGGCCAGUCCACCCACACAGUAUCACCAUGUGUCUACACCCCACCUUCUACAUGGGCCAGUCCACCCACACAGUAUCCCCAUGUGUCUACACCCCCACCUUCGCUCUCCAGGUACUCUCUGGCAGAGGCCUUCAGCAACACACUGACAGGAGUCCCAAACUAA